AUGGCCACAUCCAGUGGGGGCCAGCUCGGAGACUCUGAGCGGGUCAGGCCAGUGGCGCUUGGCAGGCUGCUGGCCGCCGAUUUAGGUCGGGUACAGACGUGGAAGAUGUCCGGGUGGAAGUCAGGCAAGAGGGAGGAUGUCUUUCUGUUGCGGCGCGUCGAUUUGUGGUGGAUCUUGGCACAGCCGGGCAAAAGCUGCCCUACGGAUGCAGGAGCAUGGCGGAAAGGCCACCACAUUGGAUUAGUGCGGGGCCGGACUGUGGUGGAUUUCAGUAAUGAAGAAGCAGGCGAGUGGUUUGUGAAAGUUGGGGAUGACUGCCAAUACUUUAAAGCCAAGUCUGCCAGUGAGGCAGCCCUCUGGGUGGCUUCCCUGAAGCAGAGAGUGCAGCCAUGGAAUGAUGAGCUGCGAGACCAAACAGCUGGAGAGCUUGUCGGAGAUGCUGGCGAACGUGACAAUGUGACAGGACACAUCCAUCUGAGUCAUUUGACAGCUGCCCAGGAAAUGGUCACUGCACUGAGUGCAGCUGCCAGUUUCACUAAAGACGUGCUGGGUACUCUGCCCAUUGCUGGCCCUGCCCUAUCGCUGCUGGGGUUUGCUUUGGAGGCAGUGAGUCGAGAAGCAGCUGAUGUUGAAAGCAUUCGCCCUGCAAGAGCGCUGCUGGAGGAAGUGACAAGGAGGACCAUGGAAACGCUGCAUAGAGCUGUGAAGCUGAAUGAUGAGGAUUACAAGCGGGAGAUUUUCAAAGUAUUGGAGAAGAUCGAAACUGCUGCUCGAAUGCUUGAAAGGCACGGAUACAGGUCGACAGCGGGGAGGUUCAAGCACGCCAUUCUAAAAAGGGACACAGGUCCACUGGCUGCUGUGGAUUUGCUGAAGCAGUGCAAAGACGAUCUUAGCAAACUCCAGAUCCACCAGCUGGCGAUGCUCCAAAUGACAGGGCUCGAGAAUCCUAAUGCUUUGGUGGCAAACCAACCAAAGCUCCCGUCAGAGGACAGUUUUGCACGCAGGAAGCUCUUACAUACCCACAUCCCGAUUGCGCCAGACGCCGUUGCCCUCGAGGGUCAGCUAUGUGCAGUCACAAACAUGCUGCUUGAGAACAAAACGAAAUAUGUUGUUGUUUGGGGGAUGGGAGGCAUAGGGAAAACGACACUAGCACAUGCCCUGAUUAAUGACAACAGAAUUGUGGCCAGUUUCAAAAAGCGUGUAUUUGUGACAAUUGCCCAAAAUCCCAAUAUCACGAGGUGCCAGAAACAAAUCUGGAAUGCCGUCAUGGAUUCUGAACAUGACGUGCAAUUCACCAAUGCUGAGGAUGGCAAGUGGCGACUGCGAACUGCACUAAAGGACGAAGCUGUGUUUGUUGUUCUGGAUGACGUGUGGGACAAGGGCUUUGUUGCGCACUUUGAUGUUGUGUCUGCAAAGAGUCGGGUCCUCAUCACCUCGCGAAGUGGCGAUGUGGCGACCAGUGUGGAAGCAAGGCGCUAUGCGGCAGUUGGGUUAGGUGAGGUCGAUUCGAUGCGUCUCUUCUGUAAGAAAGCAUUUGCGACUGGGCAACCUUUGAGGUGGCAGUCUCUGUAUGUGAAGGACAUUGUGCAGGAAUGCGGGGGACUCCCUCUUGCGCUGGAGGUUAUGGGUGCAGAAGCUAGGGGCUAUAGCUCUGGAGUAAAAGGGGAAAGUGGGCCCACUCCCAAGGAAAAGAGGAAGUGGGAAAGGGCGGUGGAGCGCAUGAAGACAACUGGUGCAGUUGGUGAGGGUUUGUUUGGCAAAGUGUUUGCAAUGAGUUUCGAUUCUCUUGAAGAAUUGCAUCAGAUGGCAUUGUUGGACCUAGCAAUGCUGCCGGAAGACCACGAAGCACGAGAGUCUGAUGUGGUGGACAUGCAAUGCUGCAAUGGCUUGAGCGCUGAUGAAGCAUAUGAUGUGUUGGAGGAAAUGGAGCAAAGAUCCUUGAUCAUUCGCACUGGUGAAGAUGCAUUGAGUGUGCGUGAGUUUCAAAGUAGGGGUUUUGUGACAUGCCGUCUGCAUGAUGUGGUGCGUGACAGUGCAAUGAAACUGAUCACAGACCAGCCAGUUGCAGAACGCUGCCGCCUGGUGUCCUCCCACUUGAAGAAGGAAUUGCAUGUCAAAGAUCAGAGAUUGUUGGUGACAAAGUUCUCUGCAACGCACAGCAUUGGACAGGACAGUGAUCUAGAUUUACAAACAUUGAAGGUGCCCCAGUUGCGUGCCCUGGUCUUGAGGAAUGCAGAGCUGUCAGGUUUGCCUUUAAGCCUGCUCGCUGCAAACCUGGUAGUCAUCGACUUGGCGUUUUCAGGAGUUGCGAGCCUGCCUCCAGAAGUUGCAUGCCUUGAGCAUGCAAAGGUGCUGCGGCUGGAUGGAUGUGUUGAGCUGGAGCAUCUGCCAAAUGAAGUGGGAGCAAUGCAGCAACUUUGGGUGUUGUCAUUACGUGGAUGCCAAGGCAUAUAUGAACUGCCAGAGUCCCUUGUGAAGCUCACCAAUCUGCGAAAGCUUCUCAUGCCUGAGUGUGGAAUUGCACAGAUCUUGUCUAUUGAAAUAGGCAGCUUGCCGAAUUUAGAGGUGUUGGACCUGAGCGGGUGUGCAGGCCUGAAAUGCUUGCCUCCAAGUUUGGGAGACUUGUCUGGCUUGACAGCUCUUCACUUGGGCCAUUGUUGGCAGCUGACCUCUCUGCCGUCCACCAUUGGAAAAUUGUCAAAUUUGGAGGUGCUGCUCUUGCAUCGAUGCACUGGCCUUGAAGAGUUGCCAAGUGCUGUGACAUUCCUUCACAAGCUGGCAGAGCUGGAUGUCCAAGGAUGCCGCAAGCUCAAAUGCCUUCCCCAAGGCUUUGUUCGUGGCUGCCCUGGAUUGAAGAUACUGCGCCUUCAAGGGAACUCACAGUUGGCAUUUCCGCACUUCGCUCUAGAAUUGCAGCAGCUGCACGUGUUGGGUAUAUACGAGGAUUGGAUGCUGCCCAGCAGUGCGACUAAAAAAAUACUGGACCAGCAGGUGUGGUUGGAGAAGGAGGCAACAAAAGACUACACAUGGAGAGAGAAAGAUAUGGACACGCCACUCCACUGGGCUGCUGGAAGGGGCAAGAUGGAAAUGGUAGAAUACCAUCUGAGAGAAACCAAUGUGGAUGCAUCAGGCUCGUAUGGCGACACGGCUCUCAUACGGGCAGCAUGUGAUGGACAUGCUGCCACCGUGGAGUUGCUCUUGAACAGGGGAGCAUCUGUUGAUGCAGCCAACCAGUAUGGCAGCACAGCUCUCAUAGGGGCAGCAAGGAUCGGACAUGCUGCCACCGUGGAGUUGCUCUUGAACAGGGGAGCAUCUGUUGAUGCGGCCAACCAGUAUGGCGACACGGCUCUCAUAGGGGCAGCAAGGAUCGGACAUGCUGCCACCGUGGAGUUGCUCUUGAACAGGGGAGCAUCUGUUGAUGCGGCCAACCAGUAUGGCGACACGGCUCUCAUACGGGCAGCAGGGAGCGGACAUGCUGCCACCGUGGAGUUGCUGUUGAACAGGGGGGCUUCUGUUGAUGUCGCCAACCAGUAUGGCAGGACGGCUCUCAUACGGGCAGCAGCGAAUGGACAUGCUGCCACCGUGGAGUUGCUGUUGAACAGGGGGGCGUCUGUUGAUGCGACCGACCAGCACGGGUGCACCAGUCUACAAUGGGCAGCUGCUGGAGGUUCAGAAGCUGUGUUUGACUUGGUCUUUGCCAAAUAUGAUGCUCCACCACUGGAGGCCAAAGAUAAGGAUGGAGACACCCCACUCCUGGAAGCAUGUAUCUCUGGCCACAGUGUCAUUGUAGAGAGGCUGCUGGAUCGGGGUGCAAAUGUGCAUGCCGUUAACAACGAAGGAAAAACUCCACUGAUCUGUGCGGCAGUAGAGGGUACAUGCGAGAUUGUUAAAUUGCUUCUGGAUCAUGGAGCUAGAGCAGACAUCGAAGACAAGAGUGGACGAGGCCCAGCAGCGUAUGCGAGGGAGGAGGGGCACGCCGCAUUGGCUGAGAUGCUGGAGGCAGCGGAAAUUAAGCAGGCACAAAUCGGGCGGGGCGAUGCUGCGGAGAGGCCGGAGGGCGAGUAG